GAAAUAAUCAGGGGGACUGAACAACACGGUAAACGAGAGAAACAGAGGGGGAGAAAGCGAGAGAGACGAGGAGAGAAAAAGAGAGAGAAGCCGCAGUCGGUUUUACCAUUUCAGUUUCACUCAGACCCGGCCUGAAAUCGCGCGUGUCCACGCCGAUACUCGAGCUGCAGUUUCGUGCCUGAAUUAAAAGCGACAAUUUUCUUGGCUAACCGGACGAAAUCGUGCCGCUAAGUGAUUCUCGCACCCAUCCGCUAACGAAGUAACAAUUUUCUAACAGUGCUACAACACUGCGCAGAACGGUGUUGCUGUUUCACAGGCGAGAGAAUUUGUUUAUCUUUCACUUGCUACCGACACCGGCGACGACGAUCGAGAAGGUGACAGACGGAAGACGACAAGAAGAAGAAGAAGUAAGAAAGGAUGGGGUACGGCACGGAAAUGGACGGCUGCGGCCGCUGUAUGAAGUACGCUCUGUUCUUCGUUAACUUCGUAAUCUUUAUCGGUGGAAUCGCGAUAGUUGGGCUUGCAGCGUGGGCCCUGUUAGAUAAAGUACCAUGGAUAGGCGAGCUAGUGGGCAACGACUUGCUAACAGGAGCCACUUACAUUCUAUUGGCCGGUGGUAUCGUCGUCGCAAUCGUAUCGUUCUUCGGUUGCAUCGGUGCAUCCCGGGAAGUCAAAUGCAUGCUUCUCACGUAUUGCAUCAUCAUGUUCCUUCUGUUCGUGACGAUGUUAAUCGGAGGCGUGCUCGCGUACGUUUUCCGCGAAAAACUGGUGGGCACGCUCGAGAGGGAAAUGACGAGCUCGAUGAGAGUAUACGAUAGCCGCAGAAUAGUCAGGGAAGCUUGGGACACGACGCAAUCGACGCUUCACUGCUGCGGUGUAAACGGCUGGAGGGAUUGGGGAAAUCAGGGUCUAAGCGUACCGGAGAGCUGCUGUCGCGAGAUUCAACCAGGCCAGCGAUUUAACUGCAACGCUGGAUCAGACACGGUGAAUCCCUCGAAUGCCUAUCUUGUCGGUUGCAUCAAUGGUACGCAGAUUUACAUGCAGAAGCACGCGACGAUCAUGGGCGGCGCUGGUAUUGCAGUCGCGUGUCUGAUGUUCUUCGGCAUGAUAUUCUCGUGCAUUCUCUUCAAGAUGAUAGAAUGAUGGGAGACAGUAGUAAGCUUCAAAAGACAGCUUCCGUUGUUCGGCGUCGAGCUAACGAACAAGAAGUGGAUGUCAACCGUCCUCGAGCAACUUAUGAAUUCAUAAUCAACGCCAUCGUCAUUGAGUGUACCUAAGCUGAAGUAUCGAGAAUCAAAAUGCAUCUUCACGCGCAUCUACUCUUUUCCAAUGUACAGUUUUCUCACCAUUCUUCUCUUUUUCUUUUCUCUAUCUGUUUAUUACAUACGUAUGUAUUUAGUAUUACGUAUUUUCGUUUCAUGGUUGCUCUCUUUGUAAUUUAUGAGAAUGCGUCAAGUGUUCUGGUUUAAUAUACGUAUAUAUGUAUAGUGUUGUACUAUAUAGGUAUAUAUCGUUUAUAUGGUAACACAAUGUAUACCUUGUUGUACGCGUAAUAAAUAUAAUAUGUGUACAAA